AUGCCCAUAGUUGAUAAAGAUUUUCAUGGAUUAACUACGCUUUACACACCAUCUUCAGAAGAUCAUAAGAUAGAUAUUAUUGCAUUAUCAGGCCUUGGAGGCCAUGCUUUUGGCUCGUUCAAGGAGAAAGGCGGAAGUUAUAUGUGGUUACGCGACUCUCUCCCUUACGACCUCACCUCGGAAACCAAGCCGAUAGCUCGGGUUAUGAUCUACGGCUAUGAUUCGACUGUUUCUGAGAGCAAGAGCAUGCAGAAUCUAGAAGAUUUCGCUACCAAGUUUAAUGGUAGCCUACAAACCCUUUUGAAUACUGCAACAAUUCGGCCAAUCAUUCUUAUCGGUCAUAGUCUGGGGGGACUAAUCAUCAAACAAGCCCUUAUAUCGUUAUCGGGAUCGGAAAACAAAGAAAGCUGGACACUUAUCCGAGCUGUAUAUGGGGUGGUCUUCUUUGGAACCCCACACCAUGGCAUGGACAUCAGCUCACUUAUUCCCAUGGCUGGAAACGGGCCAAAUCGUUCCUUGAUAGAGUCUCUCAGCCAUAAUAACUCGCAAAUCCUUACUAUGCAGCAUCGAGAGUUCCAUAAAGUCUUGGGAGAUGAGGGUGAAUCAGAAGUCUUCUGCUUUUACGAAACCCUUAAGUCGCCAACAGCGCAACAAGAUCAAUUUGGCGGCUGGACAAUGACUGGGCCUGAUGCGUUUCUAGUCACUAAGUCUUCAGCUACACACUGCCGUCCUUGGGAAGUUGGUGCUGAGAACAUCUGUGCCCUGACUCGUACGCACUCUGAACUCGUUAAGUUUAAACCAAACGACUCUGAUUACGACAUCGUAAAGGAUAAAAUUGAGGGUAUUUGUAAACGGGCAUUUGUAGCGCGAGGCGUCACUUUCGAUCUUUACUGCAAAAAAUGUCAGUACCAGUACCUCCCUUCAUGUCGCGAGUACUUCUAUUAA